AUGGCCAACACCUUCGUGAAGAGCAAAAUCAGGGCUGGCAGAGUGACCCUGUUCGUACAGGCGGGCUGCCCUUACUGCAGGAACGCCGUGGAGAUGCUCAAGAGGUACCACUUCGUGCCUGUGCACCUGCAAGUGUUUGACAUGGCGGGGCUGCAGGGCGUGCAGGAUUACUUCCAGCAAACACCACCGCAAAAAACGCUAAGUUCUCGCAGUC